UUCUGGGAAUUGUAGUUUUCCACUGCUUUCUUCUACCUUGGACUACUAGUCCCAAGAUGCACUUCCACCUCCCAGAUUCCCUAGUUACUAUCGCUAAGCACUGGAGUUGGUGUUUGGAGAAAGGGAUUCAGACUUAUCAAAGAUUUGACUUUGUUGCAAGAGCAGAUCAAUAUUUAACUUUUCUCCAGUGAACAAGUGUGCGGAUUGUCACCUAUGUCAGUCCAUCAAAUAAGAAAACAUGCAGUUCUCCCACCUAUCAUUUGCAGAAGUGACAAGGAAUUUUUGGAAAGUAUGCAAAGAUACAUAAUCACAGAAACUGAAAGACUGGGCUGUAAUGAGGAAGGACCUGCUGAUGAAUAUUACAUCAUAUACCGAAAUGUUUUUGACAAGGUAAUUGAGCAUGCCACUGCAUACAAAUCCAUUCUUACUUCAAUCAAAAAAGAAUAUGAUGCCUUUAUUGAGACAAUAAAGAAAAGCCAAAGAACUGCAGUCUGUCUUCAUGGAAAACUUAAAAGUUUGGCAGCAGAGCCUACAGCGUUGGUAUAUCACAGGAAAAGAACAAUCCAACUUGAAGCAAAAAUGAGGAUUAUUGAAAAUAAUUCCUCAAAGAUUCAAUCUCAAAUACAUAAAAUCAAGCAGCAUAGGGCAGAGUAUGACACGAAAGAAGCAAAAUAUUGUCCUUUCUCCAAAGAUCCUUCAAAGCCUAUUCCAGGCAUGACUGUCCAGGAAUCCGUCAAUCUAGAUGCUCUCACUGAAUACAUGAAACAUCUUGAAGACAAAUAUGCAGAAAUUAAACAAACUAUGUUGAUAAAAUAUGUACCAGCUCAGAGGAAGGCUGAUUUAGAUGAAGAAAUGAUUGUGUUAGUAAAACGGCGAGAUGUAGCUGAAAAUCUGAACAAAAAAUUACAGUUUAGUCAUCAAAGACUGCAGAUAAUUUCACAGGCACUUACUUCAUGGAUAACAUCUGACAUGAGCACCCCAUUUCAAGAUUUUGUGGAGCAAAUUCAGAAAACCAAAUGUUUACAAGUGGUACUUCCAAUAUUUACAGGUGACCAAGGCGUUGUUGAAGAACUACUGAAAGAUGAUCCACACAGGGCAAAAGAAGCUGAAAUGACGCUUCACUACAUUGAAAGAUUUAAUGAAUUAAUCUCACUUGGUGAAUAUGAAAAGGCAGCUAGUUAUGCAGCCAACAGUCCUAGAAGAAUUCUUCGAAACAUUGGUACAGUGAAUACAUUUAAGGCUGUUGGAAAAAUUAGAGGAAAGCCUCUUCCAUUACUCUUAUUUUUUGAGGCCCUCUUUAUCACAAGUCAUGCUUUUCGAUGUCCUGUUGAUGCAGCUCUAACCCUGGAAGGAAUCAAAUGUGGAUUAUCAGAAAAACGGUUAGAUUUAGUUAUCAAUUGGGUUACACAGGAAAGGUAAGCAACGUUAAGCUUUUAACUCAAUUUUGACAUUUGGUUAUAAAGUUGUUUGCUCUAAAAAUAUUAAUAAUUUUCUUAUCAAUACAUUAUUUGUACAUUUGCUUCAGGUCCCUAUUGCAAUUAAUCAGAAAGUGUUUAGUGGUUGGGUAUGGUGGCUUAUACCUGUAAUCCUCGCACUUUGGGAGGCCGAGGUGGGAGGAUCACUUGAG